ACAUCACAAUUUGCCUUGUAUACGUAGUGUAUCAUGUAUGCCUGUGAUUUAAUGACAAAUGAAAUAGUGAUGCAGCUAUUCCUUUUAACUUUGUCCGCAUAUGUUUCGGUUUUUUAGUGCAUUUCGGAAGCCGGGAUGCUGUUGGAGUUUUCCCCAUCUCCCGGCGGAAGUGGUUGCUGGAAGUUUGGUAUUGCGGCGGCUAGCAAGCUAGGGCGUUGUUAGCGGCACGCACAGUUUUACAUUUUUUUUUUUACUCUCGUACAAAUGACGCCGAGCAUUGGGAGAAAACGUCUCGAGCGUCCCUGAAAGUUUUAACGCCUCGACGGGGUUAUAGUUCACCAAUAGUAGCUCGCGGGAGAGUGCUUGUUACUUUCUGUCCCGUUAGCUUGGCUACCUAGCCUAGCCUAGCCUGCUUUUGCAUCCACGGGAAGGAAUUGUGCGGAGAGACUGAGUGACUCCGUUCUGCUAACAUGGAGUCAAGGAGCGUCGAGCGGUGCUAACACACACACACUUUGACCGGAUUCUCUUCUCACCCCUGGAGGAGACUUUUUUUGUUUGUUUUCUUCAAAGGACGUGGACGUAAAAAAAAAAAAGCCACUGGACAUUUAUAUAGUAUUUUUUUUCUCGUCGGGAUUCGGACUUUGCUUAGUUUGCAGUAUAAACAAGGGCACACGACAAAGUUUUUUUUUUUCUUCUUCCCACCCAAUAGAACUCAUCUGUUUUGUUAGCUUGAAGCUAGCAAGACUGAACUCUCAUUUCCUUUGAGGAUUCUCUCAAUCAAGCUUCUAGAUCAUAUACACAGUUUUUAUAUAUUUUUUCGUUGUGCUCGUUUGUUUUAAACAUUACGGUAUCGAACGACUCUGACUCUGCAUGGUAACGGCAGAAUCGGGCAGGAGAUACCAAACCGCAAACUGCCGACUGCAGGAAUCCGUAGGAUCUCCCAGGGACGUUUAGUCCCCAUUCGAGCCGAGCAGGGGUGGUGGCAGGCUGACUGCACCGCCACAUUAUCCGUAACGUUGGAUUAUCCGAAAACUGGGAUGUGAAUGCGAGGGUUACACGCAUGCAACUUGGGCCAGCAGUGUUAUUUAUCACCGAUACCCAGGCCCUGAUUCAUUUUUAGGGUCUGCACCAUUUUAAUCCAUUUUGCGGCGACCCAUCUAGCCAAUACAUUGAGGAUAUUUGCCGUCGGCAUCUCUGCUCGCAUCUUCCUUUUAUAUUUAUUGAAUAAUUUUUUUGAAAAGGCCAUUUGUCACGAAUGCAAGAGAAGGACGCUCCACCAAAUCACCUCGUCACACUGGAAAAUGUUAAUCGGAUAUAUUUCCCUUCAAAUCUAGAACCGGAAGCCCAAUGAGUGACACACAGUCCAGCUUCACUGACAGGUUUCCCAAGAAAGCAAACAGAACUAGCAGCAUUCUCAGCAAAGACCACCCCCCGGACAAGAAACCUAAAAGUGACAAAACCUCACUUCCCUCCAAUGAAUUUGACCCGACAGAAGCUCUGUUGGUGCAGAAGAGUGGCAGCAGCAGUUUGCUAGCAGAGGGGAAGCCUGAGUCCUGUGGUCUGGUCCAGCGAUGUGUCAUCAUCCAGAAAGACGAAAAUGGCUUUGGGCUCACAGUCAGUGGCGACAAUCCGGUGUUUGUGCAGCUCGUCAAAGAAGAUGGUGCUGCAAUGCGGGCCGGCGUUCAGACAGGAGACAGGAUCAUCAAGGUUAAUGGAACCCUUGUGACACAUUCAAACCACAUUGAAGUGGUGAAGCUUAUCAAAUCGGGAGCCUAUGUGGCCCUCACAGUACUGGGUCGCCCUCCGGGGCUUGCCCAGAUCCCACUGUCUGAAGCGGAGUCUGAAAUGCUGGGCGUUAGCAUUUCCUCCCCAAAUUCACCUGCAGCCGAACGCCCAUACAGUCCUCAUGACCGGCUCGUCUCCACACCUCAAUGGGCAAUGAAGGAGGAGCACAUCAGAAACCCCUCCCCCAAACUACUGAAAGACAACCAGGAGGCUCAGAAACACAUUCCACAGCUGCAGGGUCAGCUCUUCAAGGCCACCGGUGCAACACAGGAGGCUGCUCCAGGUGGAGAUGCAGAUGAUGGUAGCAUGUUUGAGACUGAGCACACUCUUCCGGCGGGAGACCAAAGUGCUGACUUGUCCUGGAACAGCACACCUAUUUCUGGGUUUGGACUCGGCUCUCCAGAGAGUUUAUGCCAGAGGGAAUUGUCCUGCCCCAGCCCCAAGAGCACACCCAGGAAUAGCUUCAACUCCUGCCACUCCCCAGACACUGAGGAUGCCACUGAUCUGGACUCACUGUCUCCCACCACAGUCAACAGUCCCUCCUCUCGCCUUGUCUCGCAUAUCAUUGGAGCUGAGGACGAUUAUUUUGAUUCUGACCAAGAGCAGACAAAUGGCCAGUUUAACCGUUUUACCAGCAUUGAGCAGCUCAAGUCUCGGCCCGCCCACCUUGCAGCAUUCAUGCAUCACGUCAUAUCUCAGUUCGAUCCAGCCCCGGUGCUGUGCUACCUCUAUGCGGACUUGUACAAGCAGACCAACUCCAAAGAGACCAGACGGGUGUUCAUGGACCUCCAUACCUUCUUCAUUGAUCGGGGAGCACACUUGAAAGUGGCAGUUCCAGAAUCCAUUUCUGCAGAUCUUGACCGGCGGCGGACAGAAUUGAUCCCAGAGGAAAUAAACAGACAGCAUGUUCAAACACUGCAGGAUUCUUUGCUCCCUGACAUCCAGAAGAACCUUGAGGAUUUCAGACAAAAGCGCAGUAUGGGCCUAACCGUUGCUGAAGUGGAGCUGGGAAGGCUGGACCAAGAAUGCGUGAGAGAUCGUGUCACCCUCGAGCGUGAACGCUCUUAUGCUGAAAAUAUCAUCACCAAGAUAGAGGAUAUCCUGGUUACUGCUCAGACGACAGAAGAGGAGAAGUGCACUACAAUGCAGUAUGUCAUUUAUACAUACAUGAAGCACCUUGGUGUGAGGGUCAAGGAACCUCGCAGUCUGGAGUCAAAACGGGUCCGGAUCAACUUCCUUCCUAAGAUUAAGAAAAGCAUUAAGACAGAAAAGGAUGGAGAAGAAAAGGUGAAGAAGCCCAGGUUUCCCAGUAUUCUUGGACCUCAGCGUCGGCCAAGCCGCAUUGAAGCCGCAUCAGUGGGCAAAGCCCUUGAUGGUCGGCCCAAGCCUCAGAAGCAGUUGUCUCAGCCUAGUCUUGGGGCCAGCGAGCACACGGAUGGGGGUCGUUUAAGGGGCAGCCAAUCCAGCGAGGGCUCUGAGCUUACACACUCCACGUCUGUCACCACCUCGUCCCCAAACAGCACCCCCUUCAGCUCUGACGCGAGCCGAGACACAGACUUGGGUGGGACUCCAACUUCAGGAUCCGCCAGGCUGAGCGACGGUCUUCAGCCUGACCCUCUUGAUGGGUUGCCAUACCCAGCAUCGCACUUUGACCUUAACAGCAUGGACCAACUCCAAGAGGAUGACAGAGAAACUGACAGAACCCAUGAGGGAACGCCAAAGGCCAUCAGGAGGCUCGAGGGACUGGGUCCUGCUGAUGUCCAGAGCGAGGAUGACCAGGGAACAGACUCGGAGCAUGACCCCCUCAACUGGCAGCAGCUAGUGGGACGCGAGGUUCUGGCGGGUCUCAGGCCUCUUGAAAUCAAGAGACAGGAAGUUAUUAAUGAGUUAUUUUAUACAGAGCGUGCACACGUGCGGAUGCUGCGAGUUUUGGAUCACGUCUUCUACCAGAAGCUUUCAAAAGAUGCCAUCCUGCCUCCUGCCGACAUCAAACACAUCUUCACCAACUUGGAGGAGAUUCUACAACUGCAUGUUUCCAUUCUGGACCAAAUGGCAGCAGUUCGGAAGCGAAACGAGUCGUCAGUCAUUGAUCAGAUAGGAGAUGACUUGCUCUUCUGGUUCAGUGGUGGAGAGGAGGAGAAGCUCAAACAGGCUGUGGGGACGUUCUGCAGUAAUCAGCCUUUUGCUCUGGAGAUUAUCAAGACCAAGCAGAAGAAAGACUCGCGCUUCAUUUCGUUCAUGCAGGAGGCGCAGAGUAACCGAUUGUGUCGGCGACUGCAGUUGAAAGACAUUAUUCCUGUUGAGAUGCUGAGGUUCACCAAGUACCCCCUGCUGCUGGACAACAUCUCCAAGUACACAGAUGAUGCAGUGGAGAAGGAGAAAGUGAAGCAGGCAGCCGACUGUUGUCGAAAGAUCCUCAAUCAUGUAAACCAGGCUGUUAAGGAAUCAGAAGACAAGCAGAGGCUGGAGGACUAUCAGAAAAGACUGGACCUGUCCUCACUUAAGCAGACGGACAACCCAAUGAUCCUGGAGCUAAAGAACCUGGAUCUAACCAAGAAAACCAUGGUGCAUGAGGGGCCACUGUCAUGGAAAGUGAACAAGGACAAGAUCAUUGAGCUGUACACUCUCUUGUUGGAGGACAUCCUGGUCCUGCUCCAAAAACAAGACGAUCGUCUCAUCCUCAAGUGUCACAGCAAGAACUUGGCAGGGACCGCCGACACCAAACACAUCUUCAGCCCCAUCAUCAAGCUCAACACUGUGCUGGUGCGCUCCGUGGCUACAGACAACAAGUCCUUCUUUGUGCUUUCCAUGUCUGAUAACGGUGCACAGAUCUACGAGCUGAUGGCGUCCACAGUAUCGGAUCAGAGAACGUGGCAGAAUUUGAUCACACAGCGAGCUGAAGCCAUGAAAGUCAAACCCCACAUUGUCAUACCUUUACCUCAGACAGAUGGGGAGCGAGACGGUGUGGAGAUCAUCACGGCCGGCGUCUCUAGGCUGAGUAAAGACCCAGACCGCACAUCUACUGGCAGCACUCAGUCCACAGAUAAAGAGAGCAGCCCAGCUGUGAGGCGUGUGACACCAAGCCCUUUACCUGCUAGUAAUCCUUACGAGGCAGAGAAGACGGAGGAAGAGGAGGAGGAAGGUUUUGUGGACCCAGAGCUUCCGUACCGAGGGACCGAAGAUUGCAGCGCAGACUCCUUUAACGUGUUUCCCUCCAGAGCAGAUGAAGCGAUGAAAACAUUGUCGGCAUUAAAACAAGUGUUGGUGACGCAGCUCAUGUCGCAGGAGGCUGCAGAGGGAACCAAGCGCUCCACGGGAGCUCGCCUCCUCAGGACCACCUCCCUGAGGACGCCGGUAGAGAAACGUGUGAUGGUCCACAAUGGUUCGGAGAGGAACACCUCCCAGACCGAGGACCCCACCCAGGACUUGGGCUCUGGCGAUACGGGCUUCUUUGAUUCCCCUGAAGAUUAUGCAGGAUUUUUAGUCCUGGAAGGAUACCGCGGCCCAGGGGAGAGCAGCACCGACGACGACUUGUCGCCUGCAGGGAAGCAGCUGAGCGUGUCGCAAGGCUGCGCCGCCGACUCGGGCAUCAAUCUGAGGUUCUCUUCAGCGUCGCACGCCGGCAGCCUCUCAUCUUUUAGCAGACAAAUCCUGUCUUACCUGCGAAACCUUCAGACCAGCCUCAACCAACUGAAGGACAUUGAAGCCAAGUACAAUAAUCUACGUCAAAGGCCGGAGAGAUCAAGCACACACUCAGAUGGAAACAAAGAUAAGAGAUAGUGGCCUGCACCUUCUGUCUCGGGGGGGUCCCAAAGAAGUGUAGUUCCGCUACCGGCUUUGUGUGCGCGUGUGUCCUGGACAUGGUGGACCUUCUAUAAGCUUUUCCUCUCACUGCUGACUCAACAAUGCCCACACCCCUUUCCUCCUUGUUGCCACCGAGAGCAAGAGACUUGAAAGGGGCGGAGUCGCCUCCUCAUCAGCACAAGGCAAUCACCGAUAUUUCCACCUAACACCUCCCUGCAAGAAAGAGAACUGAUACCAAAAUGUACAAAGAAAUGUGGGUUUAUAUACAGUAUAUAUAUAUAUAUACAUAAAAGGCUAUGUAUAUAUAUAUUUAGAUAUAUGAAACACAAAGCAAGAAAAGGAAAAAAUUAAGAUAAUGUAUUAAGAUUUUUUUUUUAUCCCAAGAUGUAUUUAUUUUCUAUUUGUUGGGUUCUUUUCUUUUUUUUUUAAGAAAAAGUGUUUCUUGCAUUGCGUGCAUGCUGUUGCUACUUUGGCUGCCUCUUAUUUCUUUCUUCUUCAGUCACUCAGGCUUGAUGUGUUAGCAAGGCUCACCCUGCUUGCAGUUGAAUCCCACUGAAAGAGGCUCAUGUAUAGACCCCACUACCCCCCAUCUCUGUGUUGUCUUCAAAAUGGAGGAAUUCACACAACUUCUACAUGUGGUGUUGAACUAGAAUGAAGAGUCGCCGGGGCUCUGAUCUGGUCUUGUUGUAUUCUUCCUCUUCACCCCCUUAUGGAUAGCGAUGCACGAUAACUAUCAAAUGCCGAAUCAAAUGGACAUAACAAGAGCCAUAUCAUUCAGCGGCAGGUUGGUUGGGAGCGGCUGCUGUUUGCAUUGACAUGGGACAGUCAUGGAUGUUUUCACCAAAAUUCUACGCCGACAACACCAAAAUUAGUCAAUAUCCGCAGUAAAUUAGCAUAUGGUCGCCAGCAUUUGCUGAAAUUACGAACGUCCAGUGACUGAGUAACUGCAACGCUUGCGUCCUUCGGAGGGCAACGCUCUGCAAGACCCAGCAGCCUACGAAGCAGUGGACUCGCAGAGCAGUACAAGCUGACAGAAGACCAAGCGUUUGGCCGCAUGCAGAAGCACCGUUGUCGCGGUUGGCUAACAGCUAAGGUAAACGCUAACCCCUGCAGAACACAUCUACACAUAUUCCUUUGCAAUGUUCGCUCACUGGAUAAUAAUUAGAUCUACAGAUGGACGUUCUACGGGGCCAGCGCAAGUCAAUAUCCACAAAUCACACACGUCUGCCAGCUUGCUCAGGAGCAAAACCCCAUCCCAGGCAUUCUUCGCUCACCCACAAAGUCAAAUGUUUUAAAAUAAAUAGUAACAUGAAUGACCAACCGUUCUUGUUCUAAAUAAAAAAUGAAUAUUUGAACCUGUGCUUUAUUCAAGUUUAAGAAAAAAAAGGCCAUUAUCAUUCCUAUACUAUUGUUGUGCUGCCCUCACGACACGUAACUCUGAAGCUAGACAGCCAGCGAACUAAUAAAAGAAAAGCUCUGUACACAAGGCAUUCUUUUCUUGCUUUCAUGGAGGUCUCAUGUUGAAACCAAUAUCGUAAAUAAAAUGCUCUUCUCGGAUUUGAACGCAGGUUCUCAGAACUGAGGCAAAUGUGCUAAGUCGCCCACCGUGCUGCCUAAUAUUUAACAAUUCCAGUCCCCUCCAAAAGUAUUGGAAAAGCAAGGUCAAUUCCUUUGUUUUUGUUGUAGACUGAACACAUUUGGGUUUCACAUCAAAAGACGAAUAUGAGACCAGCAGAAUCUUUUAUUUCAUGGUAUUUACAUCUAGAUGUGUUAAACAACUCAGGACAGAGCACCUUUUGCUUGAACCCACCCACUUUUCAAGUGAGCAAAUGUAUUGGAACGUGAUUGGGGUUUUUAUUUGCUCAAGUGUUGCCUUUUACAACCCCAAUUCCAAUGAAGUUGGGACGUGUUAAACGAAAAUAAAAACAAUACAAUGAUUUGCAAAUCAUGUUUGACCUAUAUUUAAUUGAAUGCACUACAAAGACAUAUUUAAUGUUCAAACUGAUAAAACUAUUGUUUUUAGCAAAUAAUCGUUAACUUAGAAUUUUAUGGCUGCAACACGUUCCAAAAAAGCUGGGACAGGGUCAUGUUUACCACUGUGUUACAUCACCUUUUCUUUUAACAACAUUCAAUAAACGUUUGGGAACUGAGGACACUAAUUGUUGAAGCUUUGUAGGUUGAAUUCUUUCCCAUUCUUUCUUGAUGUACAGUUUCAGCUGUUCAACAGUCCGGGGUCUGCGUUGUCGCAUUUUACGCUUCAUAAUGCGCCACACAUUUUCAAUGGGAGACAGGUCUGGACUGCAGGCAGGCCAGUCUAGUAACCGCACUCUUUUACUACGAAGCCACGCUGUUGUAACAAAUGCUUAAUGUGGUUUGGCAUUGUCUUGCUGAAAUAAGCAGGGGCGUCCAUGAAAAAGACAUAGCUUGGAUGGCAGCAUAUGUUUCUCCAAAACCUGUAUGUACCUUUCAGCAUUAAUGGUGCCUUCACAGAUGUGUAAGUUACCCAUGCCAUUGGCACUAACACAGCCCCAUACCAUCACAGAUGCUGGCUUUUGAACUUUGCGUCCAGAACUGUCCGGAUGGUUCUUUUCCUCCACAGUUGCUGGCUUUUGAACUUUGCGUCCAGAACUGUCCGGAUGGUUCUUUUCCUCCACAGAUGCUGGCUUUUGAACUUUGCGUCCAGAACCGUCCGGAUGGUUCUUUUCCUCUGGCCCAAAGGACACGACGUACACAAUUUCCAAAAACAAUUUGAAAUGUGGACUCGUCGGACCACAGAACACUUUUCCACUUUGCCCCAGUCCAUCUGAGAUGAGCUCGGGCCCAGAGAAGCCGGCGGCGUUUCUGGGUGUUGUUGAUAAAUAGGUUUUGCUUCAAAUAGUAGAGUUUCAAGUUGCACUUACAGAUGUAGCGCCGAACUUUAUUUACUGAUAUUGGUUUUCUGAAGUGUUCCUGAGCCAAUGUGGUGAUAUCCUUUACACAUUGAUGUCAGUUUUUGAUUCAGUGCCGCCUGAGGGAUUGAAGGUCACGGCAUUCAAUGUUGGUUUUCGGCCUUGCCGCUUACAUGCAGUGAUUUCUCCAGAUUCUCUGAACUUUUUGAUGAUGUUAUGGACCGUAGAUGAUGAAAUCCCUAAAUUUCUUGCAAUUGUACGUUGAGGAACAUUGUCCUUAAACUGUUCUACUAUUUUCUCACACACUUGUUCACAAAGCGGUGAACCUCGCCCCAUCUUUUGAAUGACUUGUGAAUGACUGAGCAAUUCCGGGAAGCUCCUUUUAUACCCAAUCAUGGCACCCACCUGUUCCCAAUUAGCCUGUUCACCUGUGGUAUGUUCCAAACAGGUGUUUGAUGAGCAUUCCUCAACUUUUGCCCCCUGUCCCAGCUUUUUUGGAACGUGUUGCAGCCAUAAAAUUCUAAGUUAAUGAUUAUUUGCUAAAAACAAUAAAGUUUAUCGAUUUGCACAUUAAA